AAAGACGAGACGGGUCUAAGUCAUUGGAGCUCACCGGGGAAGUAGCGCGCCCAGCUGCCACGGUAAACGCUAGCAUCGCAAAUAGCUUAAAAGUAAGUACAGUACCCUCCAGGUUAAUAAGAGGGCUCCGCAUAUGCCCCAGCUUAGAUGUGGGUUCAUGACCCUUACAGCAGAAGCGGAGCAUCUGGCUGGCUGGCUCGCGCUGGCUUGGUUGCUUGGUUGCUUCCAUGGGAUGGAUGCCGUUGUGAGCGGCCAACGCCAAUUGGAGCGGCAUUGGACACGAAAACUCGAGGCGUCGGGAAGGGCGGUCGGUGAAGCUUGUUGGAAACCUAAGCCAAACGGACGAGAAGAGACAGACUCUGGGCGCGCCGGAUGGGCUGCCGCUCCCGUCCAAAAGGAACGGGUAUUCCAGGGGUCUCUGGGGUUGUGUCUCUCUCACAUGGCGGGAGCUUCUUACAGCGAGGCCAAGAAACACGGCAGACAGGUGAGGUGUGAAUAUACCUCACUGUACCUGGCCUGGGUACUGGGCAGCUAAGAUUCGGCAUGUAGGUUGCAUGUACCUCAGGUAGGUUCUGAGAGAAGUAGGUAAGGUAGGUACAUACAAGACUUACUUCACAGUAUUAUAUGGUAUGUACCUCCCAAGGACCUGAGGAAGAGCGACAGCCAUC